UGGAAAGUCAAGAACUCAAAAACAUCAAACCUGAGUAAAACCUGAGUCUAGCAUAUGUAUUACAUUAGUUUAAGAGUUUUUAAAAUUAUAUUUAUGGGCGGCGUGGCUAGGCAGCAUCCCAGAGCCUGCAGUCCCCACUGGUCACUUUCCGCUGACCCAACAGUCAUUAGUCCGAAGAGAAAGUUUCCAGAGACUACAGAGGGCAAAGAUGGAUCCAAAGUAACUAAACAGGAACCCACAAAACGGUGUGCCAUAUUGUCCGCGAAACCUGCUCCACCAAAACCUGAACCUAAACCAAGAAAAACUUCUACUAAGAAAGAACCUGGAACAAAGGUUAACAGAGGUGUUAAAGGGAAGAAGGAAGAAAAGCAGGUAGCUGGAAAGGAAGGCGCUACACAGUCUGAAAAUGGAGACACUAAAGCUGGAGAGGCGCAGAAAACAAUCUGUAGAUAAGGAGGGAGAAAGAACUGUCACAAAAAGUUGGGGUGAUUUUAUGUGCCUCCUGGGACACCUUUUAAA